AUGAAGAGCCCCUGGCAGGCAGCCCUCCUCCUGGCCGCCUUCAUCGACGUCGUCCGCAUCCGCGCCGCCCCUUUCGUCGACAUAGUCCCCAUCCCUCUUUUACCGCCAAACGCGGCUGAGCUUCGAAAGCGCGGCGUUGACCAUCGCGGCUUCGCGCUCCUCCCUCUUAUCCCUUGCCCCCGACGUCCGCGUAUAGGCGACAGCGCAGCGGUCCCCCGACCUUGCCAAGGACGCAGGGAAGGAGCCAGCCGGCUGAGUCGGCUCGCGGUGGAUGGAAGCCCGGCCCCCGAGGAAGGCAGGGCCGGGGAGGAUCAGCUCUGGGCUGCCCGCAAGCGGGCAAACGAAGAGGCCCCCACCACGAAGCGAAGCCCCGCCAUAGGCAGGUUGGACGUGCGUCCGGCCCAGCCUUGGAGACCCCCGGGAUGGAGGAACUGCUGGCGCGCAGCGCUCCUCGCAGCCUCCAUCCUGAGUUCCUGCUUCCUCUUGACUCAAGCCAAGGGCGAGAAGGAGACGGUCAUCAAGAUGGACACGGAACACCCAGAAGGAGGAGGCAGUGUCACCUUCACACCUGUAGACCUUGAUGUGGGGAACCUUAACACCUUCAUCUGGUACCGAGGGGAAACUGAGGAGACUAGUCGAAUCUUUACUUAUAUACUAGUACCAUCUAGAAUACAGAAUAAUGGACCUUCCUUCACUGAGCGGGAGACUGGGGGCCUAGACAGCUCCCUUAACAUCAGGGAUUUAUGGCUAAAUGACUCUGGACUCUAUACAUUGACUGCUAAAGUAUCUUCGGGAACGGUGAUAGGAUUUAUAGUCUUAAAUGUCUUAGGUACGGUGUCUACUUUUAGGAUCCGCCUUACCUCUAUUACUAGCAGGGCGUCGCUGACACAAAACCCACCACGACCAGUGCUUCAGUGCAUCGGUAAGAACAAAAUACAAACCCACAUUGGGUGAAGACAUACAAUAUUCAACACUAGCCUUCAAGCCCAACCACCCUUCUCAGCCAGAGCCAGCGGCCGUCCGGCCUUUGGAAAGCAACAUAAUAUGCUCAGAAAUCAAGAAGAAAUGAUCAGGGAUAAUUCUCCCCUGGUGCUCUCCUCAGUGCAAACAUCUCCUAUGACUCACCUCCUUUGCCUGGAUUGUUUUGGGGAAGUGUGUUGAAAAAAUUGGUUUCCUUGUCUGAAGAGAAGAAUGUAGAAUUCU